AUGUCGUAUCGCACUCAGGCGUUACCCAAUUCUUCAGAUGAAGGUUCAGACGGCGGAGAGGAAGAUAUAUUCUGGAAGAGGAAACCUCCGCACGCUCAGAAAAGAGCAGCCACAAACAGCGAUGUCACGAUGGUCCAGGCAACUUCAAAGCGACCGAGAAACCAUGUUUGGCUGAACGUUCUGAAUGAAUGCGCGUUGGAUGAGGCCCUAUCAGGUGCAAACUUUCAUGAGAAACGGGAUACGUCAAGAGGUGUUGAAAGCUAUCUGGUGCAGUCAGACACCGAUGAAGUGGAUAAUAAUAUAGAACGGGAAUUUAGGUUGUCUUGUGAUAAACCCGCAAACCGCUUUUCCGGACGGCUGCCUCCUAGGCGCUGGGAUCCCUCAAUUUCCAGAAAACAUGUGAGCGUAAAUUUUGAUAGUCCGUCGGAUGCAGUCAAGGCAGCGCUUGUAGAAUUGUUGAAUGAACCUAAUGACGUUCUGAUAGGUCAAAUUGUUGAUGUUCUGGGUGUCCAGAGGUCUUUGGAGUUCUAUUUUCUGACAGAAGAUGUUGAAGAGGCCGGUGGAAUAUAUUAUGCGGAUGGAUCACAACGAAGAUCCCGAGGUGGAGUGUUCCUGAACCUCAUAAAAAGAUCGGAUGAAGUCACGGAAGAUGAGAAAAAGGCCAUGUUCGCAUUGAGUAGGAGGAUAAAGGACCGGAUCAAAAGGAAACGGAAACAACUAAAGCAAGCCAAAGAAAAGCAACUCAUCGCAAGCUCCGUGACUCUCAGUGAUGUGAGCGUGGAAAUAAGUGAAAUCGAAGAUGUGGAAGCAACAACCCGAGUCCCCGCAAAUUUCGAGGAUGAAGGUAGUCCGCAAGCGAUGGAUUUCAAGGCCGGGCAUAACAGCGAAGCGCCUAAUCACGGCUUGGUCAAUGAAGAAAAUCCGACCGGUUAUUCCACUUCCUUCUCCGUGAAAAUGCACCCGGUUGACCCACGCAUGGAUGAAUGUGAGGAAGGUGAACUGACCUCUACAGAAAGUGAAGAUGAAUCCACUCAGAGCUGAUUCUUGUGAUAUUUAUUGAUUUUCGUUGUUAUUCUACCGAAUCAAAUGUACAAAAUCAUAAAAACAGAAAGGAAAGAAAUUAUAUCAAAUAAUUUUCAUAGCAAAUGGCAUUUCUGAACCAGUGAAGCACCGAUCAACAAAUCCAUCACGUUAGUGUUGGUCAGUCGAGCGGGGAGAAUUGUCCCAAUGUGAUUUUUGCGGAAGAAACCGUAGGAAUUGCACCGACGGAGUUCUUCCUCUGCUUCGUGGUAUGUAUUCUCCGUACAAAUGGCGUCGGACGCACUAACCCACAUCCCACCGCCACAGGCAGCAGGCCCGUCAAGGCCAUCUGAGGCACCGGCAAGAAGUCCUAUAUCAACGGACGUCGGUAACUCGGAACCCUGCAUCAAUUCAAACCAUCUGAUUGCCGCUGACAAGGCCAAAUGGCUGCAUCGUCCACCUACAGAAGUGCUCGGGUUGAUCUUGUGAGGAACAACAACCGUGGCUUCCCCUCCCAAGAGGAAGACAAUCCCACCAUAAGCGUUCUUAGGCGCCUUAGCCAGGGUCGAAGCAACUUGUAAACACGCCUUGAGUACAAAGCUGGUCUGUGCAAGGUUGCUACCGGAUUUUGUUGCCGUUUUUGUCAGUUGAGCCAGUAGGUCUUGGAGUUUUUCGUCGCUUUUCCCGGCUUCCUGAAAGCAAAACGAACCAAAUAAAAAGACUAUCCGAAUGGGAUGGGUGUAGCAAUACAGUUUUCACGUGACGAUAGAUCUAACUUGACCUGGUCAGCUUCUUCGAACGUUUUACUCAUGGUUUAUCAAUUAUUACGAUUUUACCCAGAUCUUAUGGACUCCACAAAUAUGGUGAACAUGGAAGGUACGUUAGCCAUCACUCCGAUUAUAAGCGCUCGAUACACAUGAGUUAUUCUGAGAGCGAAACAAAUAU